GGCGUCUCACACAAGCUAACGCUAGCUAGCAAGCUGUCAAGCUGUCAAGUGGAGAGGCUGGGGCAGACGGUUCAGCUUCCCUCCCUGGCUUGGCCGUACAACGAUCCUCCCCGUCAGAAACACAAAGAGCUGAGCUUAUUCUUUUGCUCGCCAGCUGAGAUAAUGUGAUGCAAAACGGGAGCGCGUAAAAGAGGGAGCACGGUUCCAGAGUUUAUAUGCACUGAGCGUUGAGUGACGACAGUUCACGGCUAGCUGUAGGCUAGUUAGCUUAGCCACCGCUAAACCUCACAUUUCGUCGUUGAGCCCCUUCUGGUGGUAACCGCGGACAACUCGGUCCCCGUUGCACAUUGCGUUGCUGUCAUCCGAUAUUUUGUUUGUUCGGUUGUUAGAGGGACACGAUGGGGGCAUUUCUGGACAAACCAAAGAUGGAAAAGUACAAUUCCCACGGUGAGGGUAACAACCUGAGGUACGGGCUGAGCAGCAUGCAGGGCUGGCGGGUCGAGAUGGAAGACGCGCACACAGCGGUGAUCGGCCUGCCUCACGGUCUCGACCCCUGGUCGUUCUUUGCCGUUUACGACGGCCACGCCGGCUCUCAGGUGGCUAAGUACUGCUGCGAGCACCUGCUGGAGCACAUCACCAGCAACCCGGACUUCCUGGGCGCCAUAAAGGAGGUCGCCGACGUGGACAACGUGAAGAAAGGGAUCCGCACGGGGUUCCUGCAGAUCGACGAACACAUGCGCACCAUCUCGGAGAAGAAGCACGGCGUGGACCGCAGCGGCUCCACCGCGGUGGGGGUGAUGAUUUCUCCAAGCCAUAUCUACUUUAUCAACUGCGGAGACUCGCGGGGCCUCCUCAGCAGGGGCGGAGCCGUGCACUUCUUCACACAGGAUCACAAACCCAGCAACCCCCUGGAGAAGGAAAGGAUCCAGAACGCCGGGGGCUCCGUCAUGAUCCAGCGAGUUAACGGCUCUCUCGCCGUGUCUAGAGCCCUGGGUGACUUUGACUACAAGUGUGUCCAUGGAAAAGGCCCGACGGAGCAGCUCGUUUCUCCAGAGCCCGAGGUGUACGCGAUAGAAAGAAACGAGGGGGAAGACGAAUUUAUUAUACUUGCCUGCGACGGCAUCUGGGAUGUCAUGGCCAACGAGGAACUCUGUGACUUUGUCAGGUCAAGACUGGAGGUUACAGAGGAUCUGGAAAAAGUCAGCAAUGAAAUUGUUGAUACUUGCUUGUACAAGGGAAGCCGGGACAAUAUGAGUGUUGUAUUAAUCUGCUUUCCUGGGGCCCCAAAGGUGUCUCCAGAAGCCGUGAAACGUGAGGCUGAGCUGGACAAAUAUCUUGAAGGCAGAGUAGAAGAGAUAAUGAAAAAGCAGGGCGAGGAAGGCGCCCCAGAUUUGGUCCAUGUUAUGCGGACGUUAGCAACCGAGAGCAUCCCAAACCUUCCUCCUGGUGGAGAGCUGGCCAGCAAACGAAGUGUUAUUGAAGCAGUGUACAACAAACUUAACCCGUACCGAAGCGAUGACACUCAGGGACAGGAAAGCAUUUUGAGUUGAUGGGACGAUGGAUGGAGCUAAAUUCAGGACAAUCCUUGAAGAAAACUUGUUAGAGGCUGCAGUUGACCUGAGACUGGGAUGGAGGUUCACCUUCCAGCAGGACAUGAAGCCUUAAACAUACAACCAGAGCUACAAGCAAAUAGUUUAAAAAUGUUGUGCAACAUUAGGUUUGGUUUGGCUAUGAAUAACCAUUAAGUGCCAAAGGCAAUCAGUAAUAAAGUUAGCAAUUUUAAUCAGAACUACCACGUCGGGGCACCACCUGAAUAUCAGGAAUUAACAUCCAAACAGCUUUCAGUGUCUGUCAGUUAAUGUAUAAUGAAAACCAGCCUGGGGAGGUGUGGUGUUAAAGAACAAUAGAUGCACACCGGUGUUCUCAAACUGCAAGCCCUGCACACACACACACACACACACGCACACAAACAAUAAACACAAACAACUUCUCUCCAAAGUACAAUAAUCUAAUAUCAAAAUGCUUUAACGUCCAAUUAAAAUACUGUAGUCAAGAAACUCAACUAGGAUAGUGACGUUUAACUAAACUACUAAGUAACAUGAAAGUAGGAAGGAAAACUAAUAAACUACAAUUAAAAAAAAAAGUCAAAAGGAACAAAUACGGAUAAAACUGAAACCAAUAACCAACAAAACAACGCAGAGAUGACAGUUCAGUGUGAUUAUAAAUGUUUAAGAACCAAGGUUUGUUUUGAGGAAUUGGGAUUAAGGUCAAAUUAACUCUGAAAGGUAGCAAAGAACAACAAUUGGUUGGUGUUCAAACAGCCGGUUCACAGUGCAAAGCAGAAUAAACCACUAUUUUUAAUAAAAUGUUUGAAAAAUGAUUUGCUUCGUUGGAAAUCAAAACCUUUGUUUGAUUAAUUGAUCCCUAAUGUUACGUUAGCUGGCCAUCACAGUUUGAAUGGCGUGCCGGACUACCAAGAUGGCGGCAAACGACCGGACAGACGGCUCAGUUUUACAACAAAUAAAAAAUAGCGGCCGUGGCGCGCUGCUCCAUUUGUACCCUUUUAAGUACCAUUAACACAAAUAUGAUGUGGGUAUGUGCGCUGGCGGGGGGGCGGGGCCGAUCCCAGGGCGAGCAGAGUGAGAUGUACCGUAAACAGCAGAACUAAUGCUGGCUACCAUCUUAGCACUAACAGAGCUUUUGCAUCGGCAGCCGAGAUGACUGAGGCACCAUUUGGCUUGUUGAAAGACUAAGCGGACAUACUUUAAUGCAGGUUAGUGAGGAGACGAAGGGAACAGAUAACGUAGGCUGAGCCCUGCCUGCAGGCGUAGAGUCACUCUACCAAUCAUCAGUUUUACAAAGCAAAUUUGUAGUUGGGACAAAUGGAGCAAAAGACAAUGAAAUAAACAUGUAAAUUGUUGUAUCCUGAAUGUUUUUCUGCCCAGUCACAACCUUUCACUGCGACUGUUUUGAUGAACAGUGGAUGGUUGGGUGGCGGCCGGUGUCCCUGUGUAGCGUCACCGCUGCCGUCCUGUUACUUUCUAAUUGGAGACAACCCAUCUGUUGGAGAAUCUUUGGCCCAGACUCUUUUCUGCAGAAGCUCAAACAGCCAGUUUAAGGUGGCUAGUGCUUCUUCCUGCCUUGGUACGGACACCGGUUACACAGACAGGAGGGUGUAGUUUACUUUGGAUCCAAGGUUUUCUUCACAGACGCAGCCUUUUGCCGUGUCCUCCCCAAUGCAGCCUGUGGAGAGCAGCGGGUAAGGAGGAAGAAAGCUGCUGCGACACAGUUGUGGCUGCUCCUUCAUGGGAGAUGCCACGAAAAUGAGUUGAUGCUGUGCUUUCUGAGAUUCAGAGUCUUUACUGGACUCUUGUUCUCUGUAGGUAGUUCAAACCUUGUUUCACCCCAUGGUCGCCCCCCCCACAAGAUCAUAGCAUAAAUGUGUUAAAUGACCCAGUGAAAGUCCAGACCCAAAUCUAUUGUGAGAAUCUGUGGCAAGAUAAAAACAGCAACCAAAAAUCCUUCACAGAAAAAUUAAAAACUGUGUAUCGUUUUCCUUCCAGAUCACAAUUAUGCACUGCUUUGUGUUGCCCUAUGACAUAAACUCCCAAUAAAGUGCUCUGACGUUUGCGGUUUAAAUGUAACAAAACGCGGUAAAGGGUAAUACUUUUUCGCGGCACUGUUAAAUCUGCACUAAGAUGGAGUGUUAAUGUGACAAAAUGGUGUUUUGUUGACAUCCAAACUGUUAUUUUGCGUAAGUCGGCCUGGUAAAGGAGCCCAUAUUACCUCCAUAUCUAGAGCUCUAGUUUUCCACCACCACAGGGGGUGGCAUUGGUAGAUGUUUGUGUGUUGAUCGAUGACAGUCAUGUUUGUUUGAGUAUUUGUCAAACCAGAUGUGGUGUUGCAAAAUUUCAUUAAGUUUAUUUGGUACACACUGUCAAAUUGUCUAAUAUUUAAAAAAUAUAUAAUUUUACACCCGUAUUGAGUUCAAUUCAGUUUUUUUUUUGUGCCCUUGAAGUUUUUAUUUUUUAUUUUUAACUCUCCAGCUCAGAGAUUAAACCUUUGAUUUAGUAGCUUGUGAAACCCUUAAUAAAUAAUUAAUUAAUAAAGGAAGGUUUUAAGAUUAUCUUUGACCUUUCCCAUUUUCAUAUCUGUGACAAUAUUACAGAAAAUUGUUGUUUUUAUGGGCCAACCUUGUCAUUCAUGGUGCUACUGGCGUUCCCUUGCUUCAUGCGAACACAGUGAGAUGAAUAUCACUUUGAUUCAGCUUCAGUUGAAACACGGGUGCAGGAAGUCAAGAGAAAGCCGACAACGUUUUGGAAACGUGCACCAACAUCUGAGAGGUAGACAAAUGCAGGGGGGGGGGGUGUUCUAUGAAGCAGCUGCCUCUGAAUGCUGACAGUGUGUUUGGUUUGUGCCUUCUGUCCUGAGCUAAUUGUCUGAGUAUGUAAUAAAACAGUUUCCUGAGUGUGAUGAUAUUCA